AUGCCUGUUGGAACCAUCCUCGUCACCGGUGGCACGGGCUACAUCGGAUCUUUCACCACCUUGGCCCUUCUUCAGAACGGCUAUGAUGUCGUGAUCGUCGACAAUGGCUACAAUAGCGAACAGCAGGAGGAAAUCCUCAAGCGCAUUCACUUGCUCUGUGGUCGCACACCUGCGCUUGAAACGGUAGAUAUCAGAAGAAAGGCCGACCUCGACGCGGUUUUCGCCAAGUAUCCUGCGAUUGACAGCGUAAUUCACUUUGCCGCCCUCAAAGCCGUUGGGGAGUCUGGCAGGAUACCACUCGAGUACUACGAUGUCAAUGUUGCUGGCACCGUUAAGCUUCUCGAAUGCAUGCGAGACAAUGGCGUUACCAACAUCGUCUUUUCCUCAUCCGCUACCGUCUACGGCGAUGCAACCCGUUUCGAAAACAUGAUUCCUAUUCCCGAACAUUGCCCAAGGGACGCUACAAACACCUAUGGUCGCACCAAAGCCAUGGUUGAGGAUAUCAUCACCGACUUUAUCACUAAUCAAAGGACUGACAGAACGCCGUCAAAGACAAGUGAGGAGGCCAAGCAGAAGAUGACCGAACAGGAGAGAGCCCUGCUGGAGAAGGCUGAGCAGGAAAAAGCCGAGCAGGAAAGGGCCGAGAAGGAGGCAAUCGAGAAAAAUGUGCUUAAGCUCAAAAGCCUCAAUUGGGAGAAGGUUGAGGAGCCAACGGGCCAGAUGCCCAAGAAGCCAGCGCCUAAGCCCUUUACGGACUGGAAUGCUGCGCUGCUUCGAUACUUCAACCCCUGCGGUGCUCACCCAAGUGGCAUCAUGGGUGAAGAUCCAAGUGGAAAGCCUAACAACCUGCUGCCCAUUCUAGGUAAAGCUGCCAUUCGCCAGCUCGAAGAACCUCCCAAGGGAGAGACCGAGAUAGAGAAACAGGCAAGAGAAAAACGAAACACGAUAUGGGUCUUUGGCAACGAGUACCCAGAGGAGCGUUCACCCGAUCGAACUUGCCUCCGUGACUACAUUCAUGUCAUGGAUCUCGCCCUUGGCCAUAUUGCCGCCCUCAAGUACCUCCGUGAAAAUAAACCCGGCGUCAAGGCCUGGAACUUGGGCUCAGGAACAGGCACAAGCGUCUUAGGGAUGAUCAAAGCGUUCAGCCGUGUCGUAUACGGCAACGACAAACAGCUGCUGCAUUACGAGGUUGCUGCUGCCCGACCAGGUGACGUGGUUGACCUCACGGCUAAUCCGACCCUAGCCAACAAGGAGCUCAACUGGAAGACGGAGAUUUCGAUCGACAGGGCAUGCGAAGACCUGUGGCGGUGGGCGAAGAAUAACCCGGAAGGUUACGCACAGCAGCCCCCGGCUGAGUUUCUUGAGAAGAUUAAGACUCCCUCUUCCUAG